CAGGAGGUGAUUUCAGCCACUUGAUUUAUUAGUCAUUGCUGGUUGUUGGAACAAGGUUAUUAAAAGGAGGCUAAGCGCAUAGACCGUUUGGCGACAGAAUCACUGCGCUUCUGCCUCUGUGACCGCUCUCUCACGCUUCACUUUGGAUCAGGAGGAGGCUGAGGAGAGGAAGGAAGAGCAGGAUAAACAAAUAAGGGACAGACUGCUAGGUGGAAAGACAAUUUCAUUCCACUUUAUCAUCUUUUGUUCUGCCACGGCCAGCAUGUAAAAAUCUGGUGUUGCGGUAACCAACAGCUUGGCUAAAGGGUAUCCAAGGGGUAAGAAGACCCAGAGAGAGGGAUGGCAGUGGAGGAGAAGCCCAACGUGAAGAGCAGCAGCUCCAUCGUUCCCUGCUUCCUGUUUGUGGAGCUGGUGAUCAUGGCUGGGACGGUGUUGCUCGCUUACUACUUCGAGUACACGGACACCUUCCCGGUGCACGUCCAGGGCUUCUUCUGCUACGACAAGAGUUUCUCCAAGCCGUACCCUGGUCCGGACAACACCAGCAAGAUCCCCCCAGUGCUCAUCUACUCACUGGUGACAGCCAUCCCGACCCUCAUGAUUCUUUCUGGCGAACUGUGUGCGUUCUUCAUCAAAGCAGAGGGAACCCAGGAGAAGACCAUCGUCACUGCAGACUGCUGCUACUUCAACCCCUUACUCAGACGCAUUGUACGCUUCUUAGGCGUGUAUGCCUUUGGUUUGUUCACCACCAGCAUUUUUGCCAAUGCCGGCCAGGUGGUGACAGGAAACCAGGCGCCUCACUUCCUGUCUGCCUGCCGACCAAACUACACAGUGCUAGGCUGUCAGUCAACCAUGCAGUACAUUACAGAGCGCCGCGCCUGCACAGGCAACCCUCUGAUUGUCCUGUCUGCACGUAAAUCCUUCCCAUCUAAGGAUGCAGCGCUCAGCGUGUACUCGGCAGUUUACACAGUGAUGUACGUUACGCUGGUGUUCAAGACCAAAGGCACGCGGCUCACCAAGCCCACCAUCAGCCUCACCCUGCUCUGCCUGGCCGUGCUGGUGGGAGUGGUCCGGGUGGCUGAGUACCGAAACCACUGGGCUGAUGUGCUAGCCGGGUUCUUCACAGGUGGAGCCAUUGCUGUGUUCUUGGUGACUUGUGUGAUCAACAACUUCCAACAGUUUCUACCCAGCCCACCUCCACUGGGACCCCAACGCCCUGAGUCGAUGCUGGGUGUGCCCAUGGUGGCGCUUCCAUGUGUGGAGAGUCCACUCGAAAAACUCCACAGAGAUCUCCAGUCUCUGAGAUCACAUGACCAUCAGCCCUAUCGGUUCCCCGCCACCCCCGAUGUCCUCAUACCGCCUCGCUCCAUUUCCAGCGAAGUCUAG